AUGGCGCUCGCCGCCGCGCCCUCCCGCCGGUUCCCCGCCGCUCCUCCCCGACCACCGCCGUCUUCGCCUCUCCAGAGACACGCCCACUUCCGCCCUCAGAACCCACGUCGCACCCCUUCUCCACUCCUCGCCGCCGCGGUCGCCGCCCCGCUCACCGCAGCGGACACGGAGGGGCGGAAGCACGAGCUGCUGCGGGCGGUGCAGGAGACGGGGCGCGGCUCGGGGGCCAGCCCCGACCAGCGCGCGGCCAUCGAGGAUGCCAUCGUGUCCGUGGAGGAGCUCGGCGCCGGGGAGGGGGCACCGCUGGACCUCGCUGCGCUCGACGGCACCUGGAGGCUGUGCUACACGUCUGCGUCGGACGUGCUUAUGCUCUUCGAGGCGGCCGAGAGACUCCCUCUCCUGCAGGUAGGGCAAAUAUACCAGAAAUUUGAGUGCAAGGGUCGGUCGGAUGGUGGAAUUGUGCGGAAUGUCGUGCGUUGGAGCAUCGAGAACUUGCUGGAGGAGCAAGAGGGUGCAACACUGAUGGUCUCUGCAAAAUUUGAUGUUCUGUCUAAGAGCAACAUAUUUCUUCAGUUCGAGGAGGUUGCUGUAGAGAAUAUCAAGAUUAGUGAGCAGCUACAAGCACUGAUAGCUCCUGCUAUACUUCCUCGGUCUUUUUUGAGUCUUCAGAUAUUGCAGUUCCUUAAAACUUUCCGAGCUCAAGUUCCUAUCAGCGGCCCGGAAAGACGAUCGCCUGGAGGACUAUACUAUCUUUCUUACCUUGACCGUGACAUGCUCCUGGGGCGUUCAGUUGGCGGUGGUGGUGUUUUUAUUUUCACAAGAGCCCAGCCUCUAUUAUGA